AUGCUGGGUCUGGGGGACCCCUGCUGGGUGGGCCCGGGGCCUGAUGGGGGCUUUGCUGGUGAAGAGUUUGGGGAUGUGCGGCUGUUUGGCAGUGCCCGCCAGCCACUGGGCUCCCUAGGGGGCUGGACGGGGCACAUUUUUGGCUGCCCAGCAGGCAUCUGCUCCAACUCGGAUAACAUUAUUGUGGCAGAUGAGCAGAGGGGCCAGGUGACCCUGUUUCCCCGGUCUGGGCCACCCAUCCGCCUGGUGUCACAGGGGUUUGGGCAGCCCUUAGAAGCGGCCUCUGCACCCCAGGGCCAGCUCCUGGUGGCCAAUGCCAAGGACAACUUCAUCAAGGUGUACCAGGGCCUCAAGGAGCAGCCCUCCUGUGCCUGGGGCCAGCUCCAACACCUUAUCACCAUGGGAGGAACCCUCAGUGUGGGUGGAGCCUGCAGGCUGUGGGCCUUGCCUGCCUGA